AUGGCAGAAAACACCACCAGGCCCCCACCAGCCCCCACUGCCGCAAGCGGCCAAACCAUGCCAACCCCCGCAAUAGAAGCGCACGUCCUCAAGGUAUGGGACCGGAUCCGCGCGCGCUCCGCCAUCUACCGCAUCCUCCUCUCGGACGCGACGCUGGUGUCGGCCUCGCACGGCCGCGUCGCCUUCCGCCUGGAGCUCCAGCCGGUGCACCUGAACUCGAGCUCGACGCUGCACGGGUCCGUGUCGGCGACGGUGGUGGACUGGGCGGGCGGGCUGGCGAUCGCGAGCACGGGGCUGGAGCGAACGGGCGUCAGCACCGACAUCCACGUGUCGUACGUGUCGGCCGCGCGGGCCGGGGAUGUUGUCGAGAUCGAGGCGUGGGUGAGCCGCGUCGGGAGGAAUAUGGCCUACACCCAGGUCGAGAUCCGGAAGGCCGUGGUCGGUGAGGAUGGGGCCAAGGGCGCCGUCGUCUGCACGGGAAGCCACACCAAGUUCCUGCAUGUUUGA